AUGCAUCUCCCCACUCAGCUAGCCGUAUCCCUCCUGGCCGGCCUUGCGACUGCCGACUUUUACUUAUGGUCUGGCAGUUGCUCCACCUCCUCCGGCCUCAGGUUUCCCCUCUCUGUCGCCUCGAAUGGCGGUCCUUGCAGUGGUACUGUCUGGAAAGGCGACUGGGGCAGCAAUAUCAUGAACACGACCGAUCCCUGCAACAAGAACGCUGAGUACUGGUACAAACGAACCGGCAGCGGUACCUACGAUCUGUUUCGAGACGUCGCAGGAACCAGAAAGGUCGGCAACUGCAAAGAUGGCGGCAGAGUGAUCCAAACUUGCGGCCUGACGCCCAUUGGGUGCUCCAUGGCCCGUAUCGGACACUGUAAGACGCCGACCUGCAACAUGAAGAAUUGA